AUGUCGAGUGUGGAAGGAAGUGACAGUGUUCAAAUCGUAGAUGUUUGGAAAGAAAACAUGGAACAAGAAUUCUCGGUGAUUCGUGCAGCCAAAAGCAAUUUCCCAUAUGUAUCCUUGAACACAAAAUUCUCAGGAUCGCUUUUUACAGUAAGGAGUUAUGGAGCAUUGUCAGGAAACCUAGGACUCGCCAAACUCAUUCAAGUGGGUCUCACGUUGUCUGACGAACAAGGUAACAUUCCCAUGAUCAUGAGUUCGACAACGCACGAGGCCAAGCAACGUGUCUGGCAGUUCAACUUCUGCGAGUUCGAUCCAAAAACCGAUCCCAAAUCUCGAGACAUCAUCGAGACUCUAAUUUACAAUGGUAUAGAUUUUGAGAAGAACAAGAAUUGUGGUAUCAAAUACAGCGAUUUUGCAGGGUUUUUAAUGUCGUCGAGGCUUGUUCAGGACGAUAAGCUGCUUACUGGGAAGAAGAAUCUUCCAGAAAAAGAACAAGAGUUCUUCAAGAUUCUUAAGGAUUUCUUCCCUGUUUCUUAUGAUCUGAAUUACCUGAUAAAAUUUACCACCAACCUGCGAGGUGGUCUGGAAGACGUUGCUAGGGUUUUGGGGGAGAAGAGAGUCGGACCGACGGCACAAGCCGGUUCAGAUAGUUUGCUCACGAGUCGUGUAUUCAAGAAGCUCAAACAUGAGCAUGUCUACUUCAAUGGAGCUAUUCCUGAGACAUGUCGUGGUGUUUUGUCCGGCUUAGCUGGUAUUGAACUUUAG